AUGUCCUCUGAAAGCCCACAAAAAUACACGAGUAAGGAUGUCUCAGCCAAAGAAAACUUAACCGAGUGCAGCAAUACAUGCACGAGUACAUCAAACUAUGACAGCCAGUACAGUGAGAAACGACGCAAGCAGAGAAAACUGGCCAAUAGAAGCCCUGCCUCAAGAGAAUAUCCUAAAGAAUGUGUAGGUAAUGAUAUCAAUCAUGUGUUACACUGUAAAAUGUUGAUUAUUAAUCAUAUUAAUGACCUGUCAAACAUUUUCUCUUUAAAUUAGAAGUGAUUCGUGUGCCCCAAAGUAUGUUUCAUAUCCCUAAUCAGCACGACAAAAGGAACUAUCAUUUAAAUUUGGAAAUGCUUUUUCUUCCAGAAUUUGAUGAAUUUUCAACUCAAGGAGAUAAUCAAGCUGUAAGGUAUAGAACUGCACAUCGGCAGUGGUUAUUGGACAAUGGUGUAUUCUCACUGAAUGGCAUGAAUGAGUGGCAGCCAGAUUUGCGUCGUUGGACACCCAGCAGCAGUGCAAGAUAUCCACUGAGGAUGAAGACAUCUAAGCCACCCAUUGAUCCAGAAAUAUGUUAGUUCAUUUUAUGCUCCGUUCUAUUUUGUCCAAGAUUGUAUUAUGACACACAGCAAAAAUCUUGUAGGCUGCAUAAUGUUUAAUUUUAAACUAAUAGCCUGUUGCAAGACCAAACUUAUGAAAUGAAAAUAUUUUUUGAGUUUACACAAUUCAAGAGAUUUAUGCAGAGAGUGACACCAUGUAUAACAAUUUAGAGUUGUCAAAAUCAAACACUGCUACACCAUAUCAUGGCAACAUAGCAAACCAUAGACAACUACAUGAUUAUUUAAAGUAUGAAAAAAGAUUGCAGAAAGCACACAAAGCAAGAUAUUAAAUUGGCAUGCCUUUAAAUAUAAAUCAAUUUUUUUUGCAUACUGUAGUACCAGAGGAUUCUCAAGUUCACAUAUACCACAGUAAAAAGGACAGACUGUGGGUAAAAAGAUGGAUAAUUGGAAUGAUGGAGGCAAACAGAUAUAACAUCACUACAAACAGGCAGAUGUCAAGAAAAACUUCUCGCAUGAUAGUUGUUUUCACACCAGAGCUUUUUCAAGAGCCGUUCUGUCAAGAAAUCUUGGAUGCUAUCGAGGGAAAGAUGGUGCUUGGUAUUAAACUCAAAGACUGUGAUAUUCCAGAAGGGAUUGCAAAUGAAUGCACAAGUUAUAUUGACCUAACAGCCACAGAUCUUAGUGACCUGACUUUUCAUAUCUCAUUUAUGUUCAGGAUAAAGAAAGCUCUCAAGUUACCUGUAUCCAUAUGUUCAGCAUAA